GCACCUGUCUGCGCACACUGGCUGCAGGGGGGGAAGCGCUGGACGCCUUUGGGAGAGGCUCCCACCCCGCACCGCUGCUUGCCCGGGGCAUCGUCCUGCAGACGGGUCCGACAAGGGACAGGAUGCGCUAGGACCAGCCCUGCCCAGCCGGAGGCCCGAUGCUGGCCUGUGCCCAGCCGUGCAGCUGCAGCCGGGGCCCCAGCGUGCAGCGCGGUAAGUGGUACGGCGUCCGCUCCUACCUGCACCUCUUCUACGAGGACUGCGCCGGUGCCAGCCUGGACAACGAUGCGGACGAGCCGCCGGCCCCCCGCACCCGCCCUGCUUGGCCCUCCGUCGUCUGGAAGGUGAGUCUCUCUGCGGGGGCCCUGCUCUUGCUGCUGGGGGCUGCGGCGCUGGCCACGGGCUACCUCGUGCCCCCGAAGCUGGAGGGCAUCGGGGAGGAGGAGUUCCUGGUGCUGGACCUGCAGGCGAUGGAGCACAACCGGGCCCUGGGCACCUGCAGGCUGGCCGGCGUCGUGCUCUGCACCACGGCCGGGGUCCUCGUGGCCGCGGGCCUGCUGGCGUGCGCGCGGGGCCGGGUGCUGUGGGGCGGCUGGCGCCGGGAGGAGGAGGAGGAGGAGCAGCUGUCGCCCAUCCUGCGGGACGGCCCCCCGAAGCAGCCUGGCACUGUCCUGGCCUCCCCGGCCUCACCCUUUGGAGCCUCUUGGGUGCACGGCAUCCAGCCCAGGCGGGAGACGUGACCUCGGCAUCCCACGGGCCGCCAGACUGGAGCAACCCGUGCCCGGGGGCUGCAAGGGGAGGGGGGCCGGGAGGGGAGGUGGCCUCGACCCCCUGAUGCGGAGAGGCUUGAGAGCCUGGCCCGGGGACCC